AAAUUAUCUCAGAUAACUCGUAAACUAAUUUCAUAUUGUUCCUAUUUAUAUUCGUCACCGUUGCUUACUUUCUGCAAUAUACAGCUCUUUAUUUGGAACCUAAAAUACAAUACGUAUGUUAAGAGCAGAACCCAAUAACGCAUCAACAAUACUGGAUUACCUGAAUGAGGACUGCUGGCGCGUCGUGCCUGCAAUAUGUGCCCGUCCGGGACCUCAUCCGCACUGAACGCACCAGCCGGCUUUGGCAGAGUUGGGUGCUGAUGUACUUGAAAGGAGUCCAAAUAAGUGUAGUGGAUGAAAAUGAUAGACCCAAGAAGAACCAUUCCAAUGCUUGUACUUUGAAGCUGUCGGAGGAUGCUUACGAGUCAUUUGCAAUGUGGACCCGCAAAGUAGGUACAUCAGUCGUGGGCGCUUACUGCGACAGUUUGGAAAAUUUAAAAAUAAUUUAUGAAAACUGCCCCAUUUUGGAAAGUCUAAUGUUGAUAGACAUGCAAGACUACUCUGGCUCGGAAGGAUUGAGUCCAUACAAUCUGAAUAAAGACUUCAAGUGUCUACAGGGGCUACAUUUUUAUUCAUGUCCUGUAUCGGACAAUUUCAUCAACCAAUUCGUAGCAGAUAAAGCUUUAGAAGAAUUAGAAAUCCGCGACGACUGUUACAACGUGACAGGGGAUUUCUUAAAUACAAUAAACUUGUCCAACUUAAAAUACCUCGCUUUAGAAUCGUUGGCACGUUUCGAUACCGAGCACUUGCAUUCAGCUGUUAAUCAACAUAGUGAGUUGACAAAGUUGGUGCUGGUUGAUAUGCCUUUUGGUACUGUUGAAGCAAUACAAUAUAUGGUAGAUAAGAUGAAGAAAUUAGAGUAUUUGGAAUUAUAUGAUUCUAAUUGGAUGAGCUGUUAUGAAUAUGAGCCUAUAGCGCGACUGGCCCGCUUGAAAUUUCUUCGGGUGUCGUUCGUAGUGCCUGAUGAGGGUGUGGAAGCUAUUCUUGAGGGAUGUAAGGAGUUGGAGACAUUGGAGCUGUUUGAUUGCCGAGGGAUAACCUCGGCGCAUGUGGCGGACCCGUUCUGCCGUUUCGGGUCACGACUUCAUUCGCUGACGCUGCAUAAGUUCCACUGCAUGGAGGACGAUGACCUGGUGGCCAUCAUCAGCUCCUGCCUUGCGCUAACGUCAUUGGUGGUGAGCGCGGCGAACCUGUCCCCCGCACUGCCGGCGCGCGCGGCAGCGGCGCGCAGCGCGGCGCGGCCUGGCGUGCGCUUGUGGCUCGACCUCAGUGACACCAUUCUAGUGGAGCCCGAGCAGCUGAAAGAGCUAUACGGGGAAUACGAACCAAUGAGGACAGACUACGAAGACCUGAUCAUAGAUCUUACUGUUAAGGAUUAAUACCUAUGUUACAUGUUAUACUGAAUCAGAAAAUAUAAAUGAUAUAAAAAUA